AUGAUUAUUAACACCAAUCUUGGAAGUGCGGCUAUCGUACAAACUGAGCUGGCAACUAAAGAAACAACCAAUGAAGAAGGUGAAUUAGAGUUAAGCACUCCACCUGUGAUGAAGCCUCAAUUCAAGAGAAUAUUUGUUUGUUACAAGAGAGUGAAAGAUAGGCUUUUAUCUGGUUAUAGGCUUUUCUUUGGCCUAGAUGGAUGCCAUUUGAAGAGCCCUUACAAGGGUAUAUUACUAUCUGCAGUGAGAUUGGAUGCAAACAUGCAAUUCUACCUGAUUGCCUAUGCCAUUGUUGAAGCUGAAAACAAUGACAGUUGGAAGUGUUUCAUUCAACAUUUAACAGAGCAAAUUGGAGAGCAUGCCCCUGCUAGUCAUGCUUGGUGCAUUAUGAGUGAUAGACAAAAGGAAUUUGGAACUUCUGAUCUGAAAAACAUGUUUUGGGCAACGACUGAAACAGGAAAUAUUGCACACUUUCAGCAUAUCAUGGACCAAAUUAAGGAGUUCAACAAAGAUGUGUACAAGUGGUUGUCGGACAUUGAUCCUAAACAUUGGUCAAUGUCUUGUUUCGACUCAAAUGCAAAAGUUGAGCAUUCAAAAAACAACCACGUAGAAUCAUUCAAUGAUUGGAUCGAAGAGGUUCAAUUCAAGCCUCCCAUCGAGUUCCUAGAAGGUAUUCGAAUCCAAAACACCAAUAUGAUGUACUUGAGGAAGGUGACUGCUGAAAUAUGGGAAGAAAAACUAACUCCUAAAGUACAUUUGAAGGCCCAUAAGAUUAUGAGGAAAGCACGAUAUGCUCAGAUACGGGGCAUUCCAUGUAUUCAUGCAGUUUCCUGUGUCAUACAUGCCAGAGCCAACAUCUAUGACUAUGUAUCUGACUACUUCACAACUGAAAAUUGGAGAAAGGCUUAUGAAGGAGGCAUACACCAAAUACUUGAUGAGUCUAUGUGGAUUAAGGAUGAUACAGAGUAA